AUGUUUCUAGACGGAUGGCAGUUUCACAAUCCUCGGCCCUCUAGCGACUUUCCCAGUAACAACUUCCCGUCGGCCUCAGACCGACAAGCUAGUGGAAAGGGUCUACUGCCCAGACAACUCGGCUCGACGGAUAUCAUCUUGGCGGUAGCCAUAUUGACCCUGGCCGUAUCAGGCGGCCAUUACAAAGCCGAUUGUUUGAAAUGGCGAGACAAAUUGAUUCGCUUAGUUCGAGCCAGUGGGUUGACCAUGGAAGACCAAGACAUCGAUCUUGGUCCUGUAUUUUGCGGCCUCUAUAACGGCGACUCCACUUUCAAGAGAUGGUUCAUUGCUAAAGAAGAGCGCCGUCGCCUGUUCUGGCUCGUCUACUGCUUAGACCGACACUUGGCAUUGUCUUUUAACAUGAAUCUCAAUUUAUCAGAAGGCACAUUCUGUGUGCGAACACCCCUACCGGAAAGCUUAUGGCAAACACUUCACUCCGCCGACCUCAACUGCCUUCCAAGUUGCCCAUUAGGUCCUCCGACGCAGGUGUCAGGAACUGGGUUCUUCGAAUACUUUCUCCCCCUUGCUCGAGUCUUGGGACACAUCAUCGACCUACACCACACUCGCAACCACCCGACUCUAGGAGAAUUUGUUUCACAAGAUGCAGUUCGUCGGCUCGAAAGCAUGGUAUCCCAAUGCGAACAAGACUUGACAGAACUGGAACUUCGGCCGGGUUUAUUUCCCGGGGAAUCGUCCGCUAAACUAGCCCUGGUCAAGGCCUACAGCACUUAUUUACUGCACGUCUUCUACAUCCUGCUUCACGGAAAAUGGGAUCCGAUAUCAAUGAUCGAGGAUAACGAUGACUGGAUCACAUCGGAGAGCUUCUUAACCUGUGCUUCUCACGCAUUAACUGCGACUGGCGUGGUAUCUCAAAUACUUGCACUAGACCCAGAGAUGGCGUUUAUGCCGUAUCUCUUUGGCAUCUACCUUCUCCAAGGAAGUUUCAUCUUGCUUCUUUUUGUAGACCGUAUGCCCGAACUGGGUCCGAAUCGAUCGGUGGAGGAGGUCUGCGAGACUAUCAUCCGGGCCCAUGAAGUGAGCGUCGUCACUUUGGAUACCACAUUCCAGGUAAUAUUGAACAGCCUCAAGGGACUUCUAAAUACUAAUAAGUCUUCUACAGAAAAACUUCCGAAAGGUAUUCCGCUCUAUGUUGUAUGA